UAUACAUGGGUUUUAAUUCAAUACGAUCAUCGAAAACGCCUGUUGUAACGGCAAGCCAUCCAUCAAUAAUAUGUUUUAUUCAAAAUCAUCAAAUUCAUCAUCAUCACCAUUGUCAUACACGAACAUUAUCAUCAUCGACGACGACGACAACAACAACAACAGUGGGCAAGAAUUCGAUUCGUGAUAAAUUGGAUCUAACAUUUAGCGAUACUGAACAGGCAUAUCGUAGUAAAACAACAUUCGAAUUAAUACGUGCUAUUGCCAUUCUUUAUGUCAGUUCAUUCGAUACAUUAGUCUUUAAUCAUGAUAUGUUAUUAAAAUGGUCAAGACGUUUAAUGGGCGAACGUCUAUUUCAUUAUCUAAUGCGUUCAACAUUUUAUGGCCAAUUUGUUGCCGGCAAAGAUCAAGAUGAUAUGAAACCUGUAUUAGAUCAUUUACGAUCAUUUGGUGUUAAAUCCAUUCUUGAUUAUUCGGCUGAAGAGGAUAUUGAAAAAAAAUUCGAUAAAAUUUCUGAUAAACAAAAAGGAAAAGAAAAAGCAGUAAAACAAUAUGAAUAUGAUGAUGUUGUACAUGGUCGUCGUGAAUAUCGUCCUGUGGCCAGAACUUAUUUCUAUAUGAAUGAAGCACAAUGUGAAAAAAAUAUGGAUAUUUUUCUACGCUGUAUCGAUGUUGUUGCCGGUGCUACAUAUGGUACUGGUUUUGCUGCAAUCAAAUUGACUGCACUUGGUCGGCCAGAAUUAUUGUUACAAUUAUCGGAGGUUAUAGCAAGAACAAGAAAAUAUUUUCAACAAAUCACUGGACAAAACUCUAUGGGUCUUGGCAAUAUAACACCGGAAGAAUUUCAAAAACAAUUGGAUCAACGUUUCAAUUUGAAUGUUGAUAAUACGGAGAUUGCCACCUUUUUGAAACGAAUGGAUUAUGAUCAACGUGGCCUGAUGAAUCUUUCAUGGAAUGGCCUGAUCGAUAUGGAUACAUUGAUUAAUGAUCUAUUCAAAGUGCCAAAUCUUCGUACUGGCCGUUUGGAAAUGAUUAUAAAUGCAUUGAAUCAAGAAGAAGAAGAAAUGUUUCGUAAUAUGAUGCGUCGUACACAUACUAUUGCACGUGCUGCAACCGAAAAUGAUGUACGUGUUUUAAUCGAUGCUGAACAAACUUAUUUUCAACCUGCCAUCAAUCGUAUUUCAUUGGAAUUGAUGCGUAAAUAUAAUAAAGAAAAGCCGAUCAUUUUCAAUACUUAUCAAUGUUAUCUCAAGAAUGCAUAUGAAACAUGUGAAUUGGAUGCAGAAUUAUCACGGCGGCAAGGAUUUUAUUUUGGCGCAAAAUUAGUACGUGGUGCAUAUCUAGAACAGGAACGUUUACGUGCCAAACAAUUAGGCUAUGAUGAUCCAAUUAAUCCAACAUUUGAAGCAACAACGGCAAUGUGAAAAAAUUUAGAUUUUUUUAUGAAUAAAAUUAUCGAUACUGGUAUUGAUAAGAAAAAAUUUGCCAUAAUGGUUGCAUCGCAUAAUGAAGAUACAGUGAGAUAUACAUUGAAAAAAAUGCAAGAAUUGAAUAUAAAGCCUGAACAUAAAUUAAUUUGUUUUGGCCAAUUAUAUGGUAUGAGUGAUCAUUUAAGCUUUAUUCUUGGUCAAUCUGGAUAUUCCGUAUAUAAAUAUGUACCAUAUGGGCCAAUAGAUAAAGUGAUGCCAUAUUUAUCACGUCGUGCGUUAGAAAAUCAUGGUAUAUUGAAAAAAGCUAAACAUGAACGAAAAUUAUUGAUGAAAGAAUUAUUUCGUCGUAUUUGGCGUGGAAAAUUAUUUCAUAAACCGAUUGGAAAUUAUCAGCCUAUUUAAGGAGAGGAAAAAAAUAUUUUUUUUUGAUUUUCGAUUCAAAUCAAUUGAUUGAUUUGUGAUUCAACA